GGAAGAACAGCCUGUGCUCUUAACCUCUGAGCCAUCUCUUCAGCCCAGCAGGAAGAGUUUUGACACCACCUUCUGAUGAUCUUGGUCUGCAUAUUGGGGACAAACUGGUGGCCUAGGGGAGUGGAGCUAGAAAACCACGCCAGAGAUGGCCCACAGUAUGUUUGUUUUUAUAACUGACUGAAAAAGUCAUCCGAGUUCAGCAGUUAGCAUGCAUUCAGUCAAGGGGAACAUCCUCAGGGGACAGAGCUUAGGUGAGUCAAACUAUUUUCUACUACUGUGCUACUGCUUGGAAGUUACUUGGUUACUUAUAAUUCAGCAAAGCUCUAAGCCAACAACAAUGACCCAAGGUACUCUUACCCAAAACGUCCAACUGCAGGAAACCUGACCUUCUGCUAGCCAUUUUGCAGGUUUCAGCUAGGAUUCCUGGGAGUUCUGAGGCUUUUGGAGACGUCUCCUUUGAGAAGCUCCUGCCUGUGGCCGACCAAUCAGAUGCUAACAUUUACUGGGGAUUUCAUUUGCUACCAGUGUGGUUAGUAAGUUGAUGGAGAAUCCAAUUUGUGAUGAGGAAAUGGAAACUCUUCAAGUCUUGCAUGGUGGGGGAUUGCCAUAGGAGUCCUGGUGCGAGGACACAGCGAGCUCUCCAAUCUGGAUAAGUUCUACUUCGCUUUUCCUGGAGAAAUUCUAAUGAGGAUGCUGAAGCUUGUCAUUUUGCCAUUGAUUAUAUCCAGCAUGAUCACAGGUGUCGCAGCACUGGAUUCCAAUGUAUCUGGAAAGAUUGGCCUGCGCGCGGUGGUGUAUUAUUUCUGCACCACCAUCAUUGCUGUAAUCCUAGGCAUUGUGUUAGUUGUGAGCAUCAAGCCCGGUGUUACUCAGAAAGUGAAUGAAAUCAACAGGACGGGCAAAACCCCUGAAGUGAGCACAGUGGAUGCCAUGUUGGACUUGAUCAGGAACAUGUUUCCUGAGAACCUGGUCCAAGCCUGUUUUCAGCAGUACAAAACCGAGCGCAAAGAAGUGAAGUCUGUCAGUGAUCCUGGUGGGAACGCGACACAGGCAUCUGUCACCACUGCCAUGACAACACUGUCUGAGAACAAGACGAAGGAAUACAAAAUCGUGGGCCUGUACUCAGAUGGCAUCAACGUCCUGGGCUUGAUCAUUUUCUGCCUCGUCUUUGGACUCGUCAUUGGAAAAAUGGGAGAGAAGGGGCAGAUUCUGGUGGAUUUCUUUAAUGCCUUGAGUGAUGCAACCAUGAAAAUCGUCCAGAUCAUCAUGUGUUACAUGCCGAUUGGUAUUCUGUUCCUAAUUGCUGGGAAGAUCAUAGAAGUUGAAGACUGGGAAAUAUUCCGCAAGUUGGGCCUUUACAUGGCCACUGUCCUGAGUGGGCUGGCAAUCCACUCCAUUGUAGUCCUGCCACUCAUCUAUUUCAUAAUCGUGCGGAAGAACCCUUUCCGCUUUGCCCUGGGCAUGGCGCAGGCUCUCCUGACAGCUCUCAUGAUCUCGUCCAGUUCGGCAACCCUGCCAGUUACAUUCCGCUGUGCAGAGGAAAAAAACCAGGUGGACAAGAGGAUCACGAGAUUCGUGCUGCCAGUGGGUGCCACCAUCAACAUGGAUGGCACUGCCCUCUACGAAGCCGUGGCAGCUGUGUUCAUCGCACAGCUGAACAGCUUGGACUUGAGCAUUGGGCAAAUCAUCACCAUCAGCAUUACAGCCACAGCUGCCAGCAUUGGAGCUGCUGGCGUGCCCCAGGCUGGCCUGGUGACCAUGGUGAUCGUGCUGAGUGCUGUAGGCCUGCCUGCUGAGGAUGUCACCCUGAUCAUUGCUGUUGACUGGCUCCUGGACCGGUUCAGGACCAUGGUGAAUGUGCUGGGUGACGCAUUUGGGACGGGCAUCGUGGAAAAGCUCUCGAAGAAGGAGCUGGAGCAGAUGGACGUUUCUUCCGAAGUCAACAUCAUGAACCCCUUUGCCUUGGAACCCACAUCCCUUGAGAACGAAGACUCAGAUACCAAGAAGUCCUAUGUCAACGGGGGCUUCGCGGUGGACAAAUCCGACACCAUCUCUUUCACGCAAACCUCACAGUUCUAGGGGCCUGGCUUCAGAGGAUUGGAUGAUGGAGAGAAUCUCCACAGGAGCCAUCUCUUGGCGAACUCCGACAUUGAGGAGAGAGAGAGACACUGAGAGACACUGUACAUUUAGUUUGAUAAACAGACAUCCAGAUUAUUUUCUAUAUUUGGCUUUAUAGCCUUUGCUCUCUGGGGUUGGGGACUUGAGGUGGGGUAGACUGAAAGAAAAUUAGUUGUCUUAUCUGGAUUUUCUAAUUCUAUAAAACAAAGUUUGGAAGACUAUGAAGCAGUAACUGUUGGGGUUAGGUAAUGGGUAUGGGAGAGAAGUUGCUUUCUCGUGCAUGGACCAGUGUUUGGGGUUUUUAAACAAUAUUGUUAUUGGCUACAGAUUUUUAUUCAGGCUUUCUAUUGCCAUGACUUCCUUUGCCAUCUCACUUUUUAUAAAUUAUAAUGCAUCUCAAAGGCCCUACCCAACUAACGUGCCAAAUUUUCCAUUUUGACCUCAUCUCCAGCCAUUCUCAGACUACUUUGGAGAAAAAAAAAAGCAAAAAGGAUCAGCAUAGUUUUGCAAUAACAGUUCUAAGAUAGUUAUGGGGUUUAGGGGGAAGGGAAAAGGUUUUUAUUCUAUGUACUGUAUUGGAAUGCUGGUAGCUAUUUAGCCAGUGUUCAGUAUAGAACUAUAUGUAUAUGUGUGUAUAUUUAUUAUUUUCAUAUAAUUUGCAAGACAGAGAUCAGUAAUGAACUAUCAAUGUGAAAUAAGCAGCUUUCCUUGUACUUGAAUCAAAACUACUGUUCCAGCCUAGGUGUUUUUCACAUCUCACCAGAACGCUGUCCAGAGCUGGGAUAAGAAAUCAAGUUGCUGGGUUACUGUGAUUCAGCCCUAAAGCAGAAAUGUAUUAUGGUGAAAUUCUACGGUGGCACAGCCAUUCAUUUAUGACCUCCAGGCUCCAGCUCCCUCAAGGGAAGGAAUCCCUGUUGGCAUGGAAUAAGUGCAUUUACA